AUGACCACGCACAAACAUAAGAAGAAAAUAAAAGAAUUGAAAGAGGAACUUCAAAUGCAAGAUUUCGAAAUACGACUUGCAAAAGAGAAAGAAAAAAAGAGACAAGAAUUUAUAAAAAUAUGGCAAAAAAAAGUAUGUCACGUUGUAAAGAAAUUUCAAGUUUUUGUCAAAUAUUGUCUGAAUACUUUACCGGAUCACGCAGAUUUCUUUAUAAAUAUGGAAAAGCUAAUGUUAUUGCAGUUGAGUGAGGUUCUGGAUAAUCCUAGCGCUGAAAGUAUAUUUAUAUCUGAGGACGACCGACCAAACACUCCGGUUGCCAGGCCUCAUCCUUUCUUCCUCUUUUGUGACAAAGGAUACAAACCAAAAAUAGAUGAAAAGCUUUGUCCAAAACAUUGCACCUCAAGCGCCUCACAAUUUCCCGUAAUUGUGGUCAAUAAAAGAUGUAUUUACUCGGCUUGCGACAAUUUUGAAACUUUUACGGAAACUUUGAAACAAUUACUAGAUGACCAUGGCACUGACAAGGAUUUCAUUGAUGAUCACGAUUACACUUUUGAUGUACCUGUUAAAGUAACAUCAUCCGAACAGCUUUUACAGCUAAAACUAGAAAGCUCUUUAAUGCAGAUAUUACAAGAAGAAAUUCCGAACCCAAAAAAUAUUGAUAUUGGAUGCUGCGUUUGCAAAGUGAAAACGUGUUACUGUGAUAGCCCAGAUUCAAAAGAAUUUAUUCCAAAAAUUAAAGUAUCACAAGAAAUGAAACCUGAAAAACCAGUUGAUUUAGGUGAUGUCAUUGAAUCGAGAACAGCGAUAUUAGAUCAUCAACGUGAACCUAAAUUGGAUAGCUAUUUGGAAUAUAUUUUACCAAAAUGUAAAUGUGCUAAAACAGCUAAGAAACAUUUGCAAGAACACCUUCCAGCGUAUAUGCGGAAAAUGUCAACAUACGACUCAUUAAGUUUGCCCAAUUAUAAAACCUGUUCCAUUGAAGAGAUCAGACAUUUAGUUAAACAAGCCAGGGGAUGGAAACCGACUAUAGAGCCAAUAAAGGUAGAAUCUAAAACAAAGAACGCAUGCACCCAAUACUCUGACCAAGAAUUUGAAUUAUUAUGUACUUGUUUCUCUGAAGAAGAGGUAGAAAAACUAUUUAAACAUUUAAUCAAAGGGUCUAAGUUAUAUGGCGAGAGUGCUGAGCCUAGACUUGAAGUAAUAACUGGUUCUCUAACAUCCAUGAGUAUUAAAAAAGAUCCGAGUACAUUUGUGAAAGACAGAGCCUAUUCAUUACGGCGCAUGAUUGAUGACGCUCCAGAAUUAAAGGAAUUAUUUAUAAACGAAGAUUGCAAUUACUAA